AGCCGGCGCCCUUGACGACGGCCGCGAUCAUGUCUCCGUCGUCGGGGCGCGGGCCGCCGCACGCCGGGUCGUCGAGCUGGUGGCCCGAGUAGUAGGUGAGGCGCUGUGCCGUCGAGCCCUUCUUGGCCGCCGCCUUGUUGGCGCCCUUCUUGGCGCUGCGGUGCUUGGCCUUGGAGUGGUGCGCACGCGGCAGCAUGGCGCCGGCGGGCUCGUCGCGCGCCGCGAGGGCGCUGCCGCUCGUGGCCGCCUCGGCAGAGACGCACGCCGCGGCAAAGAGCGCCGCGAGAGAGAAGAGGGCGAAGCGCAUGGUGCGGGUGCGAGGUGGUGGGAUGUGGGUGCCAGGGAGCGGCGCUGUGUGGUGUCGAGGCGUGACUUGUGUGCGAGCAGGCAGUGGGGAUGAGAGGCGAGCUUGGGAGGGAUUGGUGGAGCGGACGACAGAGGAGGCGGGCACUCCGCACGGCGGGAAGACGUCUGCGAGGUGCUCGCUGCGUGUGUGUGCGUGUGUGGUGCGGCAUCGGCCCCUCUCCGCAUCGGCAAAGCGGCCGGCAGCCGGCGGCGCGCUGCUGCCCUUUCGGGACGACGCGCAACGGUCGGCGCUCCGGCAGCAGAUACACACGCGGCCUGCUGCCCGCACCGCGCCGCGCCCUCUGGCCUCGUCACAUCAAGUCAGCCGCAGCGAGGUGCAUCACGCCGUCUGCUGCACCUGCCUCAUCGCCUCGGGCGCCCAACUCUGACUCUCGCUGGCGCCGCGUGCCUGACGCCUGCUCGACGUGCUGCGGGCGAGGAGGGUGCAGGCGCAUGCACGACGCAGCGCAUCGCUGGCGGAGCGCCCGCCGCCCGCUCGACGCGUUCUGCCGUUCUAGCGUGCUGCAGGCCGCCGGCGGGUGUGCCGCGAGCCGGCGGCUCGUGGUGUGGCGCACCCAAGCGCGCAGAUGCGCACACCGCUGGCGUGCCUGCCGCGCGCCGCCGCACGCACCUCCGCCGCGCUGCCGCUGCGGGCGAAUGAUCGCCGCGAGCGAUGGAGCUCAUCACCCGCCCGACGGCCGCCCUCGCUCGGCCGCCUCGUCGUCACUCCAACAUCUCUGCUCCGCUGCGUCCACGCGGCGUCUCCAGCGGCGCUGCUCGGGCCCCGCUGCGGCAGAGGCGCCGCGGCCGCUGCUCCGUCAAAGAAGUCUUUUGCCGCGAUGCGGACAGCAACGAGCAGCCUCGGUCCGCUCGAGUGUGACAGCGCAACGGCAGAGGGGCAGCCGUAUGGCGUAUGUGCUGUGCUGUCAGCGAGCAGCCGAGCGGCUUGGUCGCAUUCAGCAAGCCUCUCUCCUAUCGCAGGGAGCCCGGCAACGUGUUCGGGGCCCGAUCAGGACCCUGAAAUAGCGGCUGAUGAGGGCGCAGGAGACGCUCAUCAGUGCGCCGCCGGCUGCACACCGGCCUCCGAGGGGCGUCACAGCAAUCGCAGGCCAGAUUCAGACUCGAUUGAGCUCGCCCUCUGGCACAUUUCGGGCUCGUUCGUAUGAGCCGCGAGGUACAUGGGAGCGUGCCGCAACGACGCGCCUGGGCCGAAGAAUGGCGCUCGUUCUCAGAAGCCACGGCACGGCUUCUUCUUCUUGAACGGAGGAGGGCGUGGCGGGCGUGCGCGGACGGGCGACUCGCUCGCCUCGCUUUCCGAUCGUGACGAGGCAUGCGUUGAGGGAGGCAGGGACAGACGUUGUGGCCGUUGAGGAGCGCGAGGGGCUGAAGCACUUGCGCGCCGGACUCCCGAGGAGGAAGAAGCCCC